AGGAGCUAUUAGCAGAGUGACACAGCUGCCUUACAGAACUACUGGCAAUAUUGCCAGAACUUGUGGAGUAUUCUUCUGGGAAGCUGAACUGACAACAAGAGCUUUAGCAUCCAAGUGAAUCAGAGAGUCCAAGGCGUUACCAGAAAAAAUGAAACUAAUCUUCCGGUCUUUCCUUUAUUGCUGCCUGGUGGCCACAGUAGCACACUGUGUGGAACUUGAAGUCAGUCCCAAGUUAAAAAAGAGACUCAGCAUAUGGCUCGGGAACAGACUCAGACGGGAUCUGGACAGUAAGACUGUCGACUCUGAGCAAUUUGUCAGGCAAGAGGACAUCAGGGACACCAUGCUGCCACAUUCCAGCACUGAAAUCAACAUCCGAACCAAGAGGUCCAAAAAUUCCGCCAGCCAGUCAAGAAGACAGGGCUGUUCACUGGGGACCUGCACAGUGCACGACCUGGCACACCGCUUGCACCAACUCAAUAAUAAACUGAAAAUUGGCAGCGCUCCCGCGGACAAGAUCAGCCCACAGGGAUAUGGCCGGAGGCGUCGCUCCCUACCAGAAGGCAGAGUGACACUGAGGCUGGAGCAGGGCAGGCUCAGGCCCGUGUGGAGCACAACCCAUUCACAAGUCCACAAGCUUGAGGCUCUGUUCAGGCAGACAUGAAUGAGACUUUGCAAGAAAAGAAGAGCUGGGAACAAAAGUGAGGGGAGUCUCAGUACUCUCCAGCACAUUUUUCCAGGCCUGGGGACCGAGUCGGAGCUAGACUCGCUGCACUGAGUUUCUCAUAGAGCUGAGUUUUACUGCUCAGUGAUGUGGAGCGAGCAAACAACUGCAAACACUGGAUGGCACGGCGUGGCACAACUACACAUGGUGCUGCACUCUGCUUGGCUGGGGUGGUGGGCGGGGGGGACCCAAAGAAGUGCUGAUUCCUACCAAAGUGAGUGGACUCAUCCUCUUGUGUAAAAGAGGUAACUUUCUCCCAACAUUCUUGGACUUCUUGGACACAAUUCCUCUUCCAACUUAAUAAGUGCUAUCCUGCAAGGAUAAAAAAAAAACUGUGAGCACUUUUCCAUUUGGACUCAAGAGAAUGAUAAGGAGAAUAUAAUGUGCAUCACAAUGCCAAAUAAUGGGAUACUUUAAAGUUGUGAAGCUUUCAGCCUAUAUCAUGUUUUGGGCACUGUAUAAAGGAAACUUAAUGCCUUAAAUUCUGUGAGAUAUGUGCCGGUCCACAAUGGAUUGAAAUAUACUUGAACUUGUUAUUUGUACAAAAACAUGUGCAAUCUAUAUUUGGUUUUUUUUAUUGCAGAUAUAUGUAUAUAUGAAUUCAUUUAUUUAAUAUUAUAUUAGUUACAUUUAAGUACUUAUGCAGAUAGAACUAUUUUUGUACAGAAAGAAAGUAUAUGGGCAUUGUAUUUGUCAUUCUAUUACUGUGGUAAUAGGAUAUAUGUCUUAUGGGUAUAUUAUAUAUUUGCAAAUGCUCUUUAUUCUAUUUGUGUUGAAGCAAUAAUAUUGUCAUUUAAUAAAC